CCUAGGUUUUGUGUAUUGUGUCCAUUUACUAUGUAGAUCACGACACUGGCCACAGCACUGACUAACAUGUUCGGUUUGAAGUCAUUUCCAGUUAUCAUUGGAUUGUAAAUGUAAAACUGACUGAGCCAGCUGAAUAGCACGCUCCAUUUGGAGCGUCAGUCUUUGUAGUUGCAGUGGAAGAGUGGCAGAAAUAACUGGAUCGUGACUUCAGACUUAAUGAGAGGAACUGGGCGUGUGUGUAUGUGGCGUCUGCUCGGUCUCUGUGGGGCAUCAGGCUGAGAAAACCCUUGACCGCUCCAGAAGAAUGCUGUGGAUUAACAACCGGACAAAUCAUUAUAUCGGAAAACCAUUGCUGAUGUUAAAGGAUUCACACAGAAUGUUUUCUGGUCUUUUAUGAGAGGAAUACACUACUUCGGUUUUCUCAAUGAGGAUAAAAAUGAUGCUUCCUGAGCUGGACACCUGACAUCUUGUCUGAAAAUGCGAGAGGAUGGAUAGCACAACCAGCCCCGCGUCAGAGUCUGGUCUUUCCAAUGGAUUCGUCAAUUGUGUGUUCAACGUUUCAGUUGACGAAGAGAGCAAAGCUGAGAUCUCAUGGAUUCCAGAAUGCAAUUCCUCAGACUCCAUUAUUCCCGGUCAGACGCUCAGAAGAGAAAAACAGGAACCGGUGCGGCGCUCCAGGACGGCGGCCAUCUGGAGGAUCCUGCAGCGCCGCAAGACCCCCUCGGGCCUGGACAGACGCCCUCACUCCGUCAUCCUCCCCGGUGAAGCGUCCUUCCUCAAACUGUCCAUCACUAACAAAGUCAGGUCCUUCACGAAACUAAAGUCCCCGUCUGUAUUUAAAGGGAAAGCUGGUAAGACUUCUGAUGCCAAAUCCAGCAUUGACCUUAAAGACGAGGCCGAUGAUGUGUACAUGUGCAAGGACUCUCCUUCUUCAGACUUCAAGCAUGUGUUUAGGAAUAAAGCCAAGAGACAUUCGUUUGCAGGACACACUGCAGACUUCUACUGUUCGUUUGAGGACAUCGCCCCCGCUGGAACCCCAGACAACGUCCAGCAGGAGACCAAAGACACCGUUAGCAACCAAAACGGGUGUAAAUUCUCAGAAAGAGUCGUUUAUACGAAGAAAUCUCACCCCAGCUUCUCAAACUGCAACAAUUCAUCUGCGACGGAGCAGGAAGACUGCUGUGCGAAGCAAAGCCUCAAGAUACCUCAAAGAAGUCGCUGGUCCAAGAGGGGGGACGUUUUGAAUUACUUGAGAAGAAUUUCCCUCAAAGGAAAAGGAAAUCAGACGUUGGGAGAGAGUAGUUUUGAGUCGAUGAAUGCCCUGGACAAAACCAUUGAUUCUGACUACGGCUCGGUCAACUUUGAACUGGUCAAGGAUUUGAACUCUGCACCUGAACAAACAGGGAUUGAUGGCAAAAGCAGCCACUUUCGAGGCCUUCUCAGAUUUUUCAACACUGUGGCUGAGACUGCAAUGAAAUGGAGAAACUCGUCCCGCUCGUUCUCCCCCCCUGAAGGCCAGCAGUCGCCUCCCGGAUUGAGAAAGACGCAGGAGUCUGGAGAACUCGUGCCUUUGACAGUCAGGAGUGAGGAGAAAGCUAAAACCUCAGUUCAAGGUAAACCCACGUUAUCUUCUGACACGAGCAAGGCGGUCUCGUCUGUCAGUGCUGCGGUGGAUUGCUCUCCUCCUGUGGUGCUGAAGGCCUGGAGAACAUGCCCAGACUCUCCCAGAGAUAACAGCUCCCUGUGUAAUAACUCGGAUGAAUCGCAGUCCCAGCUCAGCUCUACUCACAUCUCUCUAGCCACCAUCGAGAGCCACCCCAGAUCUGAAGAGACAGAGCCACCAAAAGAGACACAAUCUGACUGUGAAAACUCCAUCCCACAUCACUUAUCUAGCAAAACUGCUGAUGAAAACCAAGAUAUCUGCACAGCAAGGAAAACAAUGAACUGCCCGGAGGACAUAUUUAAGAGCCUCUCGCGGCCCCCAGGCCAGUCUCCUGCAGAUCCUCCUCUCAAAGCUCUGCUCCAGCGGUGUCGCUCUCUGCCGCUGCCCACCACGCUGUCUGCACUGGAGCCCAUUGCCCUGACACACGUGCUCACUCCUCCAGCUAAGACCAUGACUAAAUCAGUCGUUCUCCGCAUGAGGAACAGCAGCACAGGAUCCAACAGACGCAAGCUGUAUAGACCAGGAUCAGGACCAUUGCAUGUCAACAUGUUGAUCAGCGGCGGUUCGGUGGUCAGCGCAGAGGCAGUAUGGGAUCACGUGACAAUGGCCGAGAGGGAGCUGGCCUUCAAGGCGGGAGACGUCAUCAAAGUCCUGGACGCCUCCAAUAAAGACUGGUGGUGGGGUCAGAUGGAUGACGAGGAGGGCUGGUUCCCCGCCAGCUUCGUGAGGGUCGAUCCCCACUCUCCUCAACCUUACACAAAACCAGUUUUCUAUAUCAACCCUAUAGCAACUCCAAGGUUCCAUAACACAACAGCAAAGCUCUGGGUUAAUCAGGAUCGCGCAGAAUCAGCUGAGGGUGCCAGCGAUGUGCAGAAUGGUCACACCGACCCCAGCAACGGCUGCCUGUGCAUCGGCCAACCACUGCAGAACCGAGACCAGAUGAGGGCCAACGUCAUCAACGAGAUCAUGAGCACUGAGCGCCACUACAUCAAACACCUGAAGGACAUCUGUGAGGGCUACUUGAGGCAGUGUCGAAAGAGGAUUGACAUGUUCAAUGAUGACCAGCUAAAAGUGAUUUUUGGAAACAUCGAGGAUAUCUACAGAUUUCAAAUGGGAUUUGUGCGGGACUUGGAGAAACAGUACAACAUUGAGGAACCACAUCUUAGUGAAAUUGGUCCAUGUUUUCUGGAACAUCAAGACGGUUUCUGGAUCUAUUCAGAGUACUGCAACAACCACCUGGAUGCCUGCAUGGAGCUCUCCAAGCUGAUGAAAGAUGGCCGCUAUCAGCACUUCUUCGAAGCCUGUCGCCUCCUCCAGCAGAUGAUUGAUAUCGCCAUUGAUGGCUUCCUCCUCACCCCUGUGCAGAAGAUCUGCAAAUAUCCACUACAGCUGGCCGAGUUACUGAAGUACACAGGACAGGAUCAUAGUGAUUACCGCUAUGUGGCAGCAGCGCUCGCUGUCAUGAGGAACGUCACGCAGCAAAUCAACGAGCGCAAAAGAAGACUGGAGAACAUUGACAAGAUCGCUCAGUGGCAGGCCUCGGUGCUGGACUGGGAGGGUGAUGAUAUUCUGGACAGAAGUUCGGAGCUGAUCUACACGGGUGAGAUGUCGUGGAUCUAUCAGCCGUAUGGCCGGAGUCAGCAGAGAGUCUUCUUCCUCUUCGAUCAUCAGCUGGUCCUGUGCAAAAAGGACCUGAUCCGCCGGGACAUUCUGUACUACAAAGGGCGCAUUGACAUGGAUCGCUAUACGGUGAGAGAUGCUAUUGAUGGACGGGACGACGACUUUAAUGUCAGCGUGAAAAAUGCAUUCAAGCUGCACAACAGAGACAGCGAGGAGCUCCAUGUCUUCCUGGCCAAGAAGCCGGAGGAGAAGAUCCGCUGGCUGAGGGCUUUCCACGAGGAGCGGAGGAUGGUUCAGGAGGAUGAAAAAAUCGGUUUUGAGAUUUCUGAAUAUCAGAAACGACAGUGACCCAUCACA